AUGCAUAACUUUGUCGAAAGUGGAAUGCGAGGAGGAAUCAGCAUGGUCAGUCACCGUCAUGUCAGGGCGAACAACCCUGAAGUGAAAGAAUACGAUGAUUCGAAACCAACGACAUACAUCCAGUAUUUAGAUGCUAAUAAUCUCUAUGGCUGGGCCAUGUCCCAGCACUUGCCCGUGUCCGACUUCCAGUGGGAAGAGCCCACAGAGGAACUCCUGGACACUAUCCUGAAGUCACCGAUAGAUUCACCUCGCGGCUACUUCCUGCAAGUUGAUCUAGUCGUGCCAGAGGAGGUUCAUGACUAUCUGAACGAUUAUCCACCAGCACCAGAGCGAAUGAUUGUGACGGAAGACAUGAUGUCGCCAUAUCAGCGGACAUUGAUUGAGAAGUUGAAGGUGACGGGGUUGAACGUGCCAAAGCUCGUACCAAACUUAUGCAACAAAGCCAGCUAUGUACUACAUUAUAGAAACCUCCAGCUGUAUAUCGAGCUUGGUCUGAAGGUGACUAGUGUGAGUCAAGUGCUAUCGUUCCAACAAGAGCCUUGGAUGGAGCCUUACAUCCGCAAGAAUACGGAGCUUAGAAAACAGGCGUCAAGUGAUUUCGAGAAAGACUUGUAUAAGUUGCUAAAUAAUGCAGUAUUCGGGAAGACUAUGGAGAACGUUAGGAAACGUGUCAAUUUGAAUCUGAUGAGAGCCGAAGACGAGAAACACCGGCUCUUGAAAGCUGUCGCUAAGCCUAGUUUCGACCGUGUCGUUAUCUACGACAAGGAUCUUCUGGGGGUGUCCACCGAGUGA